AUGCCAGGUUCACUACGCACAAUCGACGCAACCUCCCAGAGGUACGAUCCAAACGACGAAUCACCAAUAGUCAAGAAGCGGAGGAAUUCGAAUCUGGCACAUAUACAACUCCCGCCUUCUCCUGCGGCAAGUGAUAUUGCCAUGCGUGACAAAAGCCCGAAAGGAAGCCCCUCUGCUACAACCAGGGAAGAGAGGAGGAUCACAAGACACAUUGAUCGCGGCGCACCUGGCGAUCAGGCCAUAUUCUCCGACCGUAAAACUCCUGAUAGGGAAGAACUCGCGAAACGCAAGAGUCAGUAUUACGAGGAUGUGUUCGCAUACAGAGAGUCGAACUCGUCUGCAAAGGAACGAGUUACUAAAGAGUCCAUGAUCGUGGCAGAUGUCAGGACUAAUGUCAUUGUCAGCGAUGAAUAUACAGUCACAACCGACCUCUCCUAUUACCUCUCCCAACGUUAUCAGCGACCCGAAACGUCUAUAGUUGUAACCCUAACACACUCCCUCUGCAUGCUCUUUGGCGGAAAUUUCGAUCCGGCAUACACACUGACCAUAACGGCCCUACCCUCUCAACUCCAACCCGUAACAAACAAACGGAAUGCGGCGCUCCUGGCGCAGCAUAUGCAAGAUAGCUUACAAGUUACCCCCCGGCGCGGCAUCAUAAAGUUCAUAUCAAUUGCGGAAGAGAACCUCGCAAACGAUGGCAAGACUGUGUCUGGCGAGAUCGAGGACUUAGAGAAGGAACCGGUGGAGAGUAACAGCGGUUUUCACAGCAGUCUAUCAAGGGCCACAACCAAGAGCCGAAAGCGCCAGAGUAUGAAGUCUCUACGAGGUGUCAGAUCCAGUCCAUUGCCCACCCACAAAGAAUCUGCUCCUCCGACGCCAACUUUCAAUCACCACGAUCUGCCCGCGAUACCUGUUCCCGCUGCUCCUACCGAGAAAAAUGAUCUAGAUCGAAAGGCCGAGAAGUUGCAGAAGAUGAGAAGGAGGAAGAGUUUUAUUGCUACGAUUUUUGGGAAGGCUGGAUAA